UUUUUCUUCUAGGUAAGAGCUAUAGGUCUGUAGAGGAGGAAUCCCAGCGCAAGAUAUCUUGGCUGGAAAAUCAGAAACUGGUCCUGGAACACAACAUGCUUGCUGACCAGGGCCUUAGGAACUACAGACUUGGGAUGACCAAGUUUGCAGACAUGAAUAACCAAGAGUACAGAGCAGUUGUGUUUAAGGACUGCUUGGGAUCUUUUGAUAGGACCAUAAAACAUGGAGCAGCUACAUUCUUCAAGCAGGAUGACAGAGCUGCUCUUCCACAAACUGUGGACUGGAGGGACAAAGGCUAUGUGACUGAUGUUAAAGACCAGAGCUCUUGUGGCUCUUGUUGGGCUUUUAGUGCAACAGGGGCACUGGAGGGUCAGACCUUUAGGAAAACUGGGAAAUUGGUGUCACUCAGUGAGCAGCAGCUGGUAGACUGCUCAUGAAAAUUUGGGAACCAAGGCUGCCAGGGUGGGUGGAUGAACUGGGCCUUUGAAUAUUUGAACACAACUGGAGGACUGGACACAGAGGCCUCCUACCCCUAUGAAGCCAGGAUGUCAUUCUGCAGAUACAAUCCAGCCACUGUAGGAACCACUUGCACUGGCUAUGUGUCCAUAAAGAAUGAAGAUGAGAAUGCUUUGCAGGAAGCUGUGGCUACCAUCGGACCCAUUUCUGUUGCCAUAAAUACAGAGCAGGGAAGCUUCCAGCUCUAUGCAUCAGGUGUCUAUGAAGAACCAAAAUGUAGCAGUACUAACCUGACUCACGCUGUCCUGGUUGUUGGUUAUGGCACUGAAAAUGGAAAGGAUUAUUGGCUGGUCAAGAACAGCUGGGGUACUGCCUGGGGUGACAAAGGCUAUAUCAAAAUGUCUAGGAACAAGAAUAACCAGUGUGGCAUUGCUACACGAGCCAGCUAUCCACUGGUUUCCAAAAAUGUUAAACAUAAAACUUUCUCCAUCAUGCUUCUACUGGGGUUCUCAGUGCUGUGUAUUUUUUUGUGAAUAGGUGGGAAAUGUAAUGUAAAAAUAUGACUUGGAAAAUAUGGAUUUUGUCUUGGUCAUUAGUGAAUAUUUGUUUGGGAAUAAUAAUCAUAUAAUGCAGUGUCUUUGCUUUAAAGUGUUAUGUCCUGAAUUUAAUUAAGUAUAAUUAUGUGAUAUAAAAAUAUAGAAUAUGCGAUAUAAAUUUUCACAUUACUAACUUCCCAUACCCAAAUCGCAUGACUAAUAGAUCUCUGCAUAUGACUAAUUACUGCAAAUGUUAUCUUAAAAUGUGUGAGGGUUUAUUGAAUU